AGAUGAAUAUACUCUGCAUUAAUGUCCUCAUUAGAGAACAUCCUUUAUUUCCAAUCUGCACUUGGAUUCUUAGCCAAUAUGGUUCUUCUUCUUUUCUUUAUUUUCAUUAUCCUAGAUCAUAGACCUAAACCCAUGGACCUGAUCUCCUUUCAGUUGACCUUCGUUCACAUAAUGAUGUUUCUCAUUGGAGGAAAUAGUUGGCUUGCAGACAUAUUUGAGUCACUAAACAUUAAGAAUGACAUCAAAUGUAAGGUAACUUUUUAUUCAAGCAGGGUGAUGAGAGGCCUCUCUAUCUGCAUCACCUGCCUCCUGAGUGUGGCCCAGGCUGUCACUAUCAGUCCCAGUACCUCUUUGCUGGCAAAAUUUAAACAGAAACAUAAAAAAUACAUAAUCAAUGCUUUAUUUUAUAUUUGGAUUUUGAAUUUGUCUGUCAGUAGUGACAUGAUGUUCUAUGUUGUUGGUUUUACCAAUGUGAGUGAGACCAAGCAGAUGCAGGUCACUAAAUCCUGCUCACUCCUCCCCAUGAGCUCCAUCAUCAGAGGAUUAAAUUUUACACUGUCCACCUCCAGAGAUGUGUUUCUUGUAGCAGUCAUGUUGACCACAAGCACAUACAUGGUGAAUAUCUUGCACAGACAUCAGAGGAAAUUAAAGCAUCUUCAUAGCAUCAGCCACCUGAGAGCAUCCCCUGAGAAAAGGGCCACCCAGACCAUCUUGCUGCUAGUACUUGUCUUUGUGGUCAUGUACUGGGUGGACAUCAUCAUCUCAUUAACCUCAUUCCUGUUAUGGAUGUAUGAUCCAGUCAUCCUGACUAUUCAGAAGUUUGUGAUAUAUGCCUAUCCCACGAUUACUCCUUUGGUAAAAAUCAGUUCUGAUAAGAGAAUAAUCAAUGUGCUAAAAUCUUUGCAGUCAAAGUGCCACCAGAUUUUCUAA